CUGGGCCUCUUCUAGUCCAAGCAGAAAGCGUGCAGAUGCACAGCUGUCAUCUGAACAGUGGUACCCACUCUCCACCUGAACGGAGGAGCUCAUUCUGCAUCAGGAGACAGGGUUUUACUCUGUUGCUCAGCCUGGAAUGCAGUGUUGGGAACACGGCUCACUAUACCCUCCAACUCCUAGGCUCAAGCUAUCUUCCCAUCUCAGCCUCCCAAGUAGCUGGGACCACAGGCAUGUACCACCAUCCACCUCUCUGACUAAUUUGGUUUUGUUUUUUUUUUUUUGAGAUGGUGUCACGUUAUGUUGCCCAGGCCGGUCUCAAAUUUCUGGCCUCAAGUGGUCCUCCCACCUCAGCGAUUUUCUUUUUCAAGUCAUGAGUGAUUUUUGAAUUUGUUCAAGUGAUUUUUCUCCAUCAGUUGAUGUAAUUAUAUGAUUUUUCUUCUUUAGCCUGUCGAUAUGGUGAAUUACACUGACUGAUUUUGAAUACUAAACCAGCCUUCCAUUACUAGACUAAACUCCACUCAGUCAUGUUGUAUAAUUUGUUUUAUGCGUUGUUGAAUUCUAGUUGCCAAUAUUUUGUUUAGGGAUUUUGCAUUUACUGAUUUUUUUAACCAUUGUUACCCAAACACCAGGGGUUUGGUCUAGGUCUUGCUGCUUAUGAGACAAAAAGGUAGUCACUGAGACAGCAAGUAUUGCAAAGGAAGAAGGCUUUAAUCAGGUGCUGCAGCCAAGAGGAUGGGAGCUCAGUUUCAAAUCCAUCUCCCCGACAGACUAAAACUAGGGGUUUAUAUAACAGAGAAGAAAUGUGACAAUGUGUAAGAAUAUAGGAACUAGAAAGUGGCAAGGAAGAGUCAUGAGGAGUGAGGGCUUCAGGUUUCUCAUUGUCAGGAUGGGGUGAUCUGGUGAGUUUCAGUUCUCUAUACUCUUUUUGUGAGGUCUGAAUGUCCUUUUCUGAGAAAAGAACUCAGAUAAAACAAAUGUAAGCUUCAAGCUUUAAGAACAAAAAGGUCGUUUUCUGUGUUUCUCCAAAAGAACCGUCUAUGAUAUUAUUGGGUCAGUUUUACUAUCACUGUCUGGUUUUUGCAUCAGGGUAACGCUGGCUUUAUAAAAUGAACUGGAAACUGUUCCUUUCUCUUCUUUUUCUCUGGAAGAGAUUGAAUAAACUUUGAACAUUUAGUAUAAUUUUCUAGUGAAACAUCUGGGCCUGCAGACUUCUUAUUUGAAUUCUAUUGUUUAAUGGUUGAGCCCUGAAACUAGCCUUUCACAUUAUCUAUUUGAUACUGGGUGAGUUAGAGUACUGUGCUUUUUGAGAAGUUGGUCCAUUUCAUCUGAGUUGUCAAAUUUAUGUGUGUAGAGUUGUUUGUAAUAUUCCCUUCCUAUCCUUUUGAUGGCUCCUAACGUUUUGAAAAACAAAACAACCUGAGAUUAACAAUCUAGGUCAUAAAUACAUGAUUCUCUGAUGGUUUUCCCAACAGAAAUUCCAAAUAAUUUAAAUGAGAGAGAGAGAGAGAGAGAGAGAGAGAGAGAGAGAGAGAGAGAGAGAGAGAGAGAGAGAGAGAAGCAAGCAGAGAGAGAAAAGUAAGCAGAGAGGGUUUGGAGAGAGAAACUGCACCUUUAAUUCUGGCCGGCCCACGCCGCUUACGGAUGGGCUGGGCUCUGACCGCACAGCUCCGAUUGGGUUUGAGCCGCACGGAGGGAAGGGUCAGCGGGAAGGCCUGAGGGAGCGGACGUGCGGCGGGCGGACCCUGGGUUCUGCCGAGAGGGUCCCGGCGUCAGGCAGCGCGAUCCGCGGGGAAACUUUCGCUCCCCUGAGCCCCGGGGCCGCCACACGCAGACCAUGCUCACCGUGCGCCUGACUUCCCGCUGUUCAGGGUCGUUCCCUGGGCGGGCUGCCGCCGGCUCUGGCCCAGCUCCGGAGUGCUGGGCGGCCGGGCCUGCGGGUGCCUUUACAGCACACAGCCAGCCGGCCCAGGAAGGGCGGCCUCCCUCCCUCGCAAGGGGGCCCAGCUUGAGCUGAAGGAGAUGCUGGUCCCCAGGAAGAUGUCCACCAGCCCCCUGGAGAGCUGGCUUACGGCCCGCUGCCUCCUGCCACCUUCCAUCUCCUCACUCACUGCCCCCUCUGGGGAACGCCCCAGUUAGGAGACCUCCCUGGCAUGGACCAUCUAGGUUACCUGGUGCAAGACCUUUGGGAUUUGACUCUUAUCUCACCAUUUACAUACCAAGUGACCUUUGGCAAGUAGUCUGACCUGAGCGUCCAUUCCAUCAUCUGAAAGAUGGAGAGCAGAAUCCCUAUUUCAUGAGGAUUAUUAUAAAGAUCUGACGAGGCAAAGCCAUCUGUGCAACAGAAAUAUAAAUUCAAUCAUAUAAUAUAGAUUAACUGCACAUGUCAUCCUAAAACUUUUUAGUAGGUACAUUUUUAAAAGUAGAAACAUUCAUUUUUCAAUAAUGUAUUUGAUUUAAACCAUUAUCACUUUAAUAUGCAAUCAGUCUGUCAACAUUGAGAUAUUCGGCAUUCUUUUCUGGAACUAAGUAUUUGAAAUCUAGUGUGUAUUUCAUACUUACAGCGCAUCUCUGCGUGGACGUGUGGCUAGCGCAUUAGACAGGGCUGGUCCACAGCCUGGGCAUGGUACUUGGCACCAGCCUUGGGAAAGUGACCAAGCUCCUGGCCUCUGGAGCCAGGCUUGUGGGAUGUGCAUUUCCACCUCUUCCAUCUCCCACCUGUCGAUUUGGGGAGCAAAACCUCAUGCCUCCAUGUCAAGGAAAAACGGUUGCCGCUCUGUAGGGUUUUUGAGGAUUGACAGAAUGUACCACUGAGGGCCCCUGGCCCUCCCACACACAUAGCAGGUCUUCAUGGAAUCCAGGUGAAUUCUGUGCUGAGCCAUAAAGACAAGGAAGGCCUGGAAGGCCCGUGACCAUGCUGGCUGUGAUGCCUCCUAGCUGACCUCCCCCUCCCCUUCUCUCUCCCCCCAACCGCCCCCACUGGGCAAGAGACCCCUCACCUGUCCAACCUCUUGUGUUGCAGCUUGCCCUGUGCCACUUUUUCUUCAACAUCUCCGGUAUCUUACUGUGGUACCCGAUCCCGUUCACUCGCCUGCCCAUCCGCAUGGCCAAGGGGCUGGGCAACAUCUCUGCCAAGUAUCGCUGGUUCACAGUCUUCUACCUGAUCGUCUUCUUCUUCCUGAUCCCGCUGACGGUGUUCGGCCUCUCGCUGGCCGGCUGGCCGGUGCUCGUGGGCGUCGGUGUGCCCGUCCUCUUGAUCGUUAUCCUGGUACUGUGCCUCCGCCUGCUGCAGUCCCGCUGCCCACGCAUCCUGCCCAAGAUACUCCAGAACUGGCACUGCCUGCCGCUGUGGAUGCGCUCGCUGAAGCCUUGGGACGCCGUGGUCUCCAAGCUGGCCGGCUGCUUCCAGCUGCGCUGUUGCUGCUGCUGCCGCCUGUGCUGCCUACUUUGUGGCUGCAAGUGCUGCCGCUGCAGUAGAUGGGCUUUGAUUAGCUGCCAUCUCCAUGCCUGCAAAGCUCCAGACUUUUCUCAGGGCGGGAAAAUCUGCUCCCAGUUGGACUGCCCGGUGAAGUGAGAUCAUUGAAUACAGUCGAGUGCACGUGUGUCUGGGUCAAAGGUAUGCACUCCUUCUCAUCCUAGAUGCCUUCUCUGCCUUCCACAGCCUGCUGCCUGUUACAUCACUUCCCCUCACACACCCCCAACCAUCCCAAUUCUUCCUGGCCAAUGAGCUCCAGCCUUAUCUAGGAAAGGGGGAGUAGGUGUAACCAUGUGGCAAGAUCGGGUCCUCCCCUAUCCCAGCUUCUCCACUGUCCCAGCAGGUCAGGAUAUCAGACAGUCCUCCCCUGACCUUCACCCUUGUAGAUAGCAAUUCCCAAACAGAGUCAAAUUCUCUAUAUUUAUAGUCACAGCCCUGUGCAGCAUUUUUCAUAAGUUAUAUAGUAAACGAUCUGGAUGAUUUUGUGCUUCUGGUGCUCUCAGCUGGAAAUCAGGCAGCGUUCUUCUAUGAAAUAGGAAGAAAUUACUUUGUAUAUUUUGUAACAUCACCUCUGUGGCCAUGACUGCCCACACACUCUGUACAUACGUAAGUUAAACCCGGGCAGGGGCUGUGGCCAUCUUUGUACUCCGGUGAUUUUUAAAAAUUGGAUUUUUGUACUUGCAUUGAUUGUAUAAUUUUGAGACCAGGUCUCAUUACAUUGCUCAGGCUGGUGUCAAACUCCUGGGCUCAAGCAAUCUGCCCUCCUCAGCCUCCCAAAGUGCUGAGAUUACAGGCAUGAGACACCACACCAGGCCUGAUUGUACUUUUUUUUCCCACUGGUUGUGGGAAGGGAGAAAUAAAAUCAUCAAACCCAAAAGGCGUGUGUUCUUUUAAUUACAGGGAUAUAGGGACCUCUUUGGAUCUGUUUUUUGUAAAUGUGAGUUCUCUUCCCUCACCAGACAUCACUACCCACCACUUAGCAUCUGACCCUGCAGCUGCAUCAUUGUGGGGCCUCUUGUUCAAAAACCUGGGAAGAGUGUCAUUAUGGGCACUAAAAAGGCAAAACUUCAUUUUCUGUUAUAGUCUCCCUUGAGUCGCCAUGGAAAUUUUCUAUUAAACACCAUUCCAAGUAAAAAGUUGAGACUUAAAUUCUUAGCAUGAAUUUCACAGCUCAUCUUUACAUUGUGCAAUGCUGAUUUCAGAUGCAAACAUAAGGCCUAUUAAUUCGUCUGUGGAAUCAUUGACAUGACGCAGCUCUUAUUUGUAGCUCACACAUGUAUUUUAUUCCUGUGAGAACAGGGAGAGCAUUGCACAAAACUAGCUCAAUUAUUUUGAUGUCACUUUUUUUUUGACAGAGUGAGAUAUUGUCUCACUCUGUCACCCAGGCUACAGGGCAGUGGUGCAAUCUCUGCUCACUGUAACCUCUGCCUCUCAGGUUCAAGGGAUUCUCCUGCCUCAGCCUCCUGAGUAGCUGUGAUUACGGAUGCACAUUGCCACACCCAGCUAAUAUUUGUAUUUUAAUAGAGACAGGCUUUCACCAUGUUGGCCAGGCUGGGCUCGAACUCCUGACUUCAGGCGAUACACCUGCCUCAGCUUCCCAAAGUGCUGGGAUUACAGGCUUGAGUCACCAUGCCCGGCCUGAUUUCACAUUUUGUGCACAUUCUGCCAAUGCUCUCUGCCUUCCUGAUGGGUAAGGAAGAACUGAAAGGAAAAAGCAGUGGGCCACCCUUUCCAUAUUAGCAUUUUUCAGCCUAAGUAGUUGGCUACUAAAGGGAAGUGAUGUGAGUGAGAAAAACACGAUAGGGUUUCUUAGCUGUUCCUUGCUUGUUUGCUUGGAGUGCCAUUACCUUUUUGCUGCAUUCAAAGAAAGUUCUGCUUUGAAUAAAAGGUACAGUCUUUCAUUGCUGUGCGUUCUGUCAACCACCUGUGCUAGUCAAAAUAAUAACAUGUUGUCCAGGUGUGGUGGCUCACACCUGUAAUCCCAGCACUUUGGGAGGGAGGCUGCGGCAGAUCACUUGAGCUGGGAGGUUUGAGACCAAUCUGGCCAGCAUGGUGAUACCCCAUCUCUAAUAAAAAUACAGAACUAGCUGGGCGUGGUGGCAGGUGCCUGUAAUUCCAGCUACUCAGGAGGCUGAGGCAGGAGAAACACUUGAACCUGAAAGGUGGAGGUUGCAGUGAGCACUGCACUCCAGCCUGGGCAAAAAGAGUGAAACUCUGUCUCAAAAAUAAUGUGUUAAGGAAGAGUUGACUUUAAGAAAGGUUUGCACCAGGUACGGUGGCUCAUGCCUGUAAUCCCAGCACUUUUGGAGGCCGAGGCAGGUGGAUCACAAGGUCAGGAGAUUGAGACCAUCCCGGUUAACAUGGUGAAACCCCAUCUCUACUAAAAAUACAAAAAAAAAAAAAAAAAAAAGAAAGAAAAAGAAAUUAGCCAGGCCUGGUGGUGCAUGCCUGUAGUCCCAGCUACUCAGGAGGCUGAAGCAGGAGAAUCGCUUGAACAGGGAAGGCGGAGGUUGCAGUGAGCUGAGAUUGUGCCACUGCACUCCAGCCUAGGCAACAGAGCGAGACUCCAUCUCAAAAAUAUAAAAAUAAAAUAACAACAAAACGUGUGCAGGACUAAACUGGUCGCGCCCCUUUGGAGGCCAGCUGUGCCGAGAGCUGAAUCUGUCUUACGGAGCACAGUGAAUUUGGACUUGGAAUCACUCAGAGUGCUGGGUUCCACUCGUGGCUCUGUCAUUUACUGUCUCAGUAGCAACUUCCUCAUCUGGAAUAUGGGACCGUAACACUUGGCUUUCCUGUGACAAUGAAAAUGAAGCAAUAUAUGUAAAUAUUUAGCCAGGGUGGGUUUACUGUAAGUUCUUGCCAUGUGGUUCUGCCUCAAAAUAUAGGGGAUGAACAUGAAUGGCAGAUGUACCAGAUACACUUCCCAUGCUUGCUUGCAUUUUUCUUCCUCUGAGUAUUUCCACAUGACAUGCCAAGUCAAGAAGAUCGCUAUUAACCCAAGAACCUGGGGCCUGGCCUGGCCUGGGGUUAUUAGGAGGAGCGAAUAAACAUCGUGGGGCCUGGGAGCAGUCCUGGACUGGGCUCUGCAGACAUGGGGCAGGAGGCAAGGACCACUCAGUAUUUCUGGAACAAACCGGUGCUCUGUGAACUCACUUUCUAGUCCCAAUCAACAGCAGUGGUAAGUAUUAUUUUAAAAGGGUUUUCUAGGCCAGGUGCUGUGGCUCACGCCUUUAAUCUCAGUACUUUGAAAGGCUGAGGUGGGUGGAUCACGAGGUCAGAAGUUCAAGACCAGCCUAGCCAAGAUGGUGAAACCCUGUCUCUACUAAAAAUACAAAAAUUAGCCAGGCAGGUGGCGGGUGUCUGUAAUCCCAGCUACUCAGGAGGGUGAGGCAGGAGAAUUGCUUGAACCCACGAUGCGGGGGAGGUUGCAGUGAGCUGAGACUGCGCCAUUGCACUCCAGCCUGGGUGACAGAGCAAGACUCAGACUCAAAACAAAAACAAAAACAAACCCCUUAUUUCACUGUAUUUUAUUCAUUGGUCAAUCAUGAGGUUAUAAUACAUUUUCAUACACACAGACUCAAUGCAUAGACUCAAACAUUUUCUUUGUAUUCUCUCUUGGGUAGGAAAGAAAGAGAGAGAGAGAUGCCAGGCACACUGGCUCACACCUGUAAUGCCAGCACUCUGGGAGGCAGAGGUGGGUGGAUCAUGAGGUCAGGAGUUCGAACCUCGCCUAGCCAACAUGGUGAAACCCCAUUUCUACUACAAAUACACUGCACUUCACGCUGGAUCUCAGAUCGCUGCAAACUCUACCUCCCAGGUUCAAGCAAUUCUCGUGCCUCAGCCUCCCGAGUAGCUGGGCUGCUGCCACCAUGCCUGGCUAAUUUUUUGUGUGUGUGUAUUUUUAGUAGAGACGGGGUUUCACCAUGUUGUCCAGGCUGAUCUCGAGCUCCUGACCUCAAGUAAUCCACCCGCCUCAGCCUCCCAAAGUGCUGGGAUUAUAGGCAAGAGCCAUCACCCCUGGCUGCCUUACAGAAUUUAGAAUCAACUGAAAAAAAUAAGACACAAAAGACAGAAUGAUGGAGAUGAAAUUUAUUUUAUUAUUAAGGAAGCUGAUUGUAAGAGGCAGCAUUUAGAAUUGACAGGAGGUGGGGACGGGGAGCUUACUAACACUUUACCUUCCUUGGCAUAAGGAAGGUAUUGCUCCCC